CUCUCAACAAUGAACAUAUCGGGCACACUCAACAUCUUCCGGCUUCUGCGCGACCCCACGCUAUGCCUACCACAGCACACAGUCUCGACAUUCAACCAGCUGCCGAUUCCGCUGUCGCAAGCGUUUGCGGCGGCGCCGCAGCAGCAGAAAAAGGUGGAUAUCCGCGCCGUGGUGCUGGACAAGGAUAAUUGUUUUGCGGUGCCGCAUACAGAUGAGGUGUAUGAGGGGUAUAAAGACCACUUCUCCCGCCUCCGCACCGCCUACCCCGGCGCCAAACUCCUCAUCGUAUCCAACACCGCGGGCACCACCACCUCCGAUCCCACAGGCACCCAAGCCGCGGCCUUAGAAUCCCGCACAGGCGUCACCGUACUGCGGCAUUCCACCAAGAAACCCGGGUGCGCCAACGAAGUGCUCGAGUAUUUUCUCAAGAAACAUCCGGAAACGGGGGUGAAGCGGCCGGACCAGAUUGCCGUGGUGGGGGAUAGGUUGGCGACGGAUGUUGUCAUGGCGAAUUUGAUGGGGGGGUAUGCGGUUUGGGUAAGGGAUGGGGUGCAAGGGAGGGGUUUUUUUGCUAGGAUGGAGGAUAGGCUGCAGGGGUUCUUAUUCGGGAGAGGAUACAGUGCGCCAGACCCGAGUAAAAACCAGUUUGAGUAAUAUACUCUUGUUGAAGGGUUUGUAUGAUAGUGUAUCGAGUACUUUUUCGUAUCCUGGGGUGUUGAUUGAACUGCUGCAACGAGAUAGAGGGUGUAUUUGUACCUGUCAGAAGCUCGGGUAGCAAUGUAUAAU